AUGCCGCAUCCCUUGGCGCAUGUCACCGUCUGCUCCGCGGCGAGCACUCAUGCGACCGUGUUGUUUCUGUCGCGACUUGAAUUGGCACAACUGCGGAAAUACCGAAUACCAGUCAUCGUCAACGACGAUCUGUUUGCCUUUCCUCAGUAUAGCAUUGAAUUCCCUAAGGCCUACGUACUCGACAUCGAUGUGCCAGACCUUUUAGGCCAACUGCCACGAAAAAGCCGGUCAGGCGAUGGCGGGUCGGCGCAGACGCCUUUGAAGGAUGUCUCUGCAAGUGUCAACCAGGAGACGGACGAUGAUGCUAGAAUAGCAGACUCAAUGCAAUCGGGCUCCUACCAACGCCUCUUCCUCCAUGGAUAUCCCUAUUUGUGCUUCAUCCCAGAAGCAAAAGACACGGUCGACAAUCGGACCGCCCCGGAACCAUCUGCCGCGGAUCGCGAGCAAGAGUUGGACCAUGCCGUUGCGAGGGCAGCACAGCUACUACAGGGCAUGGCGUCGAAUCAAUGCCUAUACUACUCCACGGGCUGGUGGACCUAUUCAUUCUGCUACAAUGCUCAGGUAACCCAGUUUCAUGCGCUCCCGCCAGGCACCAACGGCAGGAUAUGGCCGCCGCAAGAAGACCCCACCACUCCAAGCUACGUCCUGGGCAAGUUUGAAUCACCGAGACCGGGAGCUUCGAACCCACAGUCUGGCUCCGACAAGGCCCUCUCUACAGAAGUCAGGUCAAAAGCCGAGACCAACUAUCUGGUCCAGCGGCUAGAGGGAGGGACACCCUGCGAUCUCACGGGGAACGACCGCAAGAUCGAGGUGCAGUUCCACUGCAACCCGCAACUGACCGACCGAAUUGGCUGGAUCAAGGAGACGGCCACCUGCGCCUACCUCAUGAUCAUCUACACGCCACGGCUUUGCAACGAUGUCGCCUUCCAACCGCCGAAGGAGAGUCGAGCCCAUCCCAUCACUUGCCGGGAGAUCAUCUCGGAAGAUGAGGUAGAGGCGUGGGAAGCGCGUCACGAAGAGGAGGGCUCUCGCCAGACGCUGGGUCAAGGCCAGCCUCAGCAGAUCAUGCUAGGCAAUGUGGAAGUGGGUGGCAUGAAACUUGUAGGUCGCGAGGGCAAGAGGCUCGAGAGAGGGCGUAUUGUCCUGACCAAAGACGAGAAAGCCGAGACAGUCAUCAUGCAGAAAAAAGGACAGAUCUCUGGCAUGUCCAAGGCGGAGCUCGAGAAGCUUGAUCUGAGUCCGGAGGAUAUUGAUGCCUUUCGCAAGGAGCUGCAGAAGUUGGCCGGCACCAAGGACUGGAAGAUUGAGCGAUUGGACGAUGUCAAUGGGCACAUUCAACUCAGAGGUGUGGUGGCGACAGACGAUGACGAGGAGGAGGACGAAGAGAACAAUGAACAGGAAGAAAGCAAUCCUCCAUCGGAAGAGAACGAAGAAGGGACUGGCAGCCACGAAGAAUAUGCUGGAGAGGCCUAA